GGCGGGGCGGAGCUGGUCCCGUUGUGCUGCGGCUCCGCGCGGCCUGCAGUCCCGGGCCCGCGCCCCGCGCCGCCCGCCCGCCCGCCCGCCAUGGAGCCCGGCCCCGCCGCCCCCUGCCCGGACGCCAUCCGCGAGGGCUGGUUCCGCGAGACCUGCAGCCUGUGGCCCGGCCAGGCCUUGUCGCUGCAGGUGGAGCAGCUGCUGCACCAUCAGAGCUCGCGGUACCAGGACAUCCUUGUCUUCCGCAGUAAAACCUACGGCAACGUGCUGGUAUUGGACGGCGUCAUCCAGUGCACAGAGAGGGACGAGUUCUCCUAUCAAGAAAUGAUUGCCAACCUACCCCUCUGCAGCCACCCCAAUCCACGCAAGGUGCUGAUCAUUGGAGGCGGGGACGGUGGUGUCCUGCGGGAAGUGCUGAAGCACCCCUCCGUGGAGGCUGUGGUCCAGUGUGAAAUUGAUGAGGAUGUCAUUCAAGUCUCUAAGAAGUUCCUGCCAAGUAUGGCUGUUGGCUACUCCAGCUCAAAGCUGACCCUCCACGUGGGUGACGGUUUUGAGUUCAUGAAACAGAACCAGGAUGCCUUCGAUGUUAUCAUCACUGACUCCUCAGACCCCAUGGGCCCUGCUGAGAGCCUCUUCAAGGAAUCCUAUUACCAGCUCAUGAAGACCGCCCUCAAGGAGGACGGCAUUCUCUGCUGCCAAGGCGAGUGCCAGUGGCUGCACCUGGACCUCAUCAAGGAGAUGCGGCAGUUCUGCAAAUCGCUCUUCCCGGUGGUGGCCUACGCCUACUGCACCAUUCCCACCUACCCCAGUGGCCAGAUCGGCUUCAUGCUGUGCAGCAAGAACUUGAGCACCAACUUCCAGGAGCCUGUGCAGCCGCUGUCGCAGACUCAGGUGGAGCAGAGACAGCUGCGAUACUACAAUUCUGACGUGCACCGGGCCGCCUUUGUGUUGCCUGAGUUUGCUCGUAAGGCCCUGAGUGAUGUGAGCUGAGCCCAGAGCUGCCUCCACCACCGUCACCCAGAAACCUCGGACCAGGGAGCCUCCGGGUAUCCGGGCCUCCCCAGCCCCACACAAGACCCUCUGCGGGCUCUUACCCACCAACCAAGUGUUACCAGCCCCAGAAUGCUGCCCGGCCUGCCCUGCUGGGCAGACUGUCUCUUUCUCUCUGUGUAGCGUCCAGCCUCCAGCCUAUACCAGCUGUAGACAGCGCCUUCUCUGCCUUCUGUCCCCUCGCUCACCAAACAUGUGUAUUUAUA